CAACUGGUUGCUGGAGCUGACCAUGAACUUUACAUAAACCAAGCUGUAGUAUUUAUUGAAGAUGCAAUACAGUAUCGUUCCAUAAAUCACCGAAUGGAUUCCCAAUCCCUGUGGCUUUAUCGAUGGUAUUAUUCAAGAAUUUGCCAGUGGGUUUUGAGUCUCACCAUUACUCUGAUUCUGGCUCUGGCUUUCAUUGAAAUCCCUUCUUCGCUCACUAUCACGUCGGAUGUACGUUACCGUGGCACAGCCUGGGCGCCUCCUUGUGGCCUGACUGAAAGCAUAGAGCUGCUUUGUUUCUUCAUCUUUAUAGCUGACGUCUCUGUGAAGAGUUACUUAAUUGGUUGGGAAGAAUUUCGGAAAACCAAAUGGUUGCUGGCUUAUAUCCUGAUAUUGGUCGUCUCCCUUAUUGACUGGACUGUGUCACUGAGCUUUUCCUGUACAGAGACUGUGAGAAUAAGACGAAUUCUUCGGCCUUUCUUUCUUCUUCAGAACUCCUCCAUGAUGAAAAAGACAUUAAAAUGCAUCAAUAGCACUCUGCCAGAAAUGGCAAGUGUUGUUUUGCUACUUGCUGUUCACCUGUGUCUCUUUACCAUGUUUGGCAUGCUGCUGUUUGCUCGAACAAAGGAUAAGCAGCAGGAGAAGGAAUGGGUGGGAUAUUUUCACAAUUUGCCAGAUUCACUGACUUCGUUGCUGGUGCUGCUGACUACUGCAAAUAACCCUGACGUGAUGAUUCCUGCAUAUUCUAUUAAUCGAGCCUAUUCGAUCUUCUUCAUACUCUUCACUGUGUUGGGAAACUUGUUUCUGAUGAACUUGCUGACAGCAAUAAUAUACAAUCAGUUUCGAGGAUACCUUCUAAAAUCGGUCCAGUCCUCGCUCUUGAGGAGACGUUUAGGAAUCCGAGCUGCAUUCGAAGUGCUGUGCUCCAUGAAAGAAAGUUCUGUCAAUACACACGAGUUGUUUGUCAAUGCUAAUACAUUGCUACAAGUGCUUCAAAAAGUUGAAAUGGACCCUUGCUGCAAGCAAGCCAUCUCGAGGACACUUCGGUCAUGCCCUCGUGGCAUACUGUCAGCUGCCUCAUUUCAGAAGCUCUUUGAUGAACUCGAAAAAGAUCCUGUUAAACAGCACCCUCCCAAACCAGAGUACCAGUCUCUUUUUCUGCAGAAAGUGCAAUUUGGUGUGGGCCAUCGCUUCUUUGGCUACUUAGGAAACUUUGUAGCACUAGCAAACAUUGUUUCUAUCUGUGUGGUUUUGGUAAUGGAUGCAGAUAAGCAGCCUUCUGAACGAGAUGACUACUUCUUGGGGGCUAUAAAUUGUUUUUUUAUCCUGUACUAUCUGCUGGAAAUGCUGCUGAAAAUAUUGGCAAUGGGAUUUAAAAGAUAUUUAUCAUACCCAAGCAAUAGAUUUGAUGGACUUUUGACUGUAAUUCUUUUGGUUUUGGAGGUCUCAACAUUUGCGGUGUAUGGAUUUCCUCAUCCAGGCUGGAGACCUGAAAUGAUGGGGUUGCUGUCUCUGUGGGAUAUGGUGCGCCUGGUGAAUAUGCUAAUUGUAUUUAGAUUUCUGCGGAUUAUCCCUAAUAUGAAGUUCAUGGCCUUGGUUGCUAGUACACUGCUGGAUCUGGUGAAAAACUUACGAGCCUUUGCAGGGGUGUUGGUGGUAGUUUUCUAUGCAUUUGCUAUAACUGGAAUAGUGCUAUUUAAAGGCGCUGUUGUUCCUAUGGGAAAUAUUAGUGUUGUCAAUGCAACUUCCGGUAACAGCACCUUUCAGUGUGGGACCUACGAGCAGUUGGAGUAUUGGCCAAACAACUUUGAUGACUUUGCUGCUGCAGUAGUGACUCUCUGGGAUGUCAUGGUGGUGAAUAAUUGGCAAGUUUUCUUGGAUGCAUUUUCAAGAUAUUCAAGUCCGUGGUCAAAGAUCUAUUUUGUGGCCUGGUGGCUAAUUUCCUCUGUCAUCUGGGUCAAUUUGUUCGUGGCCUUACUUCUGGAGAACUUUAUUCACAAGUGGGACCGUCACUCCCAUCGGCGGUCUCUCUCAGAAAUUGAAUACCAGACCACGGUGGAAUUAAUGUUCAGGGAUGUUUUGCAAGAACCUACAGAGGAAGAGCUGAUGGAAAAGCUGCACCAGCAUCCACACCUGCAACUGUGUAGAUGACAGACAUACGCGAGGACUAAUUUUUUUCAUACCAUUUUUUGCAAUAAGGUUAUCAGCUGGCGGGCUGAUGCUGCAGUGAAGUGGAAUGGAUUUUCUGUAAAGUACUACUAACCUGAAAAUUUAUAACAAAGCAUAUAACAUUUUGGUUGACGUUUCGAUUUUACUUUUGAACACCACUUACAAUACAGAGGACUUGUACAGGGAUUUUUUUUUAUAAUCAACCCCUUUUAAAAAUAUUUAAAUUCUUCUAAUUUGACUUGAUUUUUAGAAUUGUUUGAUAGGAAUAUGCAGUUGUUACUUUUAUUAAUUAUAUCAGGGCAAGGAGUUAUAAUUUUAUUUAAUUUUUUAAGAAGGAAGGGAGUAUUAAGACGACAGUGCACUUUAAAAUGCAAACACUUAUAACCAUUGUGCUUGCUGCUCUUUUGCACCAUAAAUAAUGGAACUGCCUAUUCUGGCUUUCCGUGUGUGCCAAGAUCAGUGCCUUGAAAUUCUUGAAUGAAUUAGGCACUCGUGCUCUAGAUGCUCAGCCUUUUUGUAAUAAGGGAAGAUGAAACACUAUUUUUAUUGAAAUAUGAUGCUAACCUUGUUGUAUUUACUAAAUGUUCAUAAUGAUACAUUCCUAUUCAAAACUACUUAUUUAAAUUCAGGUCAAAGCUGGAGAUUGUGAUACAGACAAUUUCCUUUUGUUGGUGAGUGCUAAGGGCUGUGUCCAUGUUGUGGUUGUAUGAUAUUGAUAACAUUAUCAAGGUCAGUAUAAUUUUGGAUGGAACAAUCGUGCCUUUGUUUUGCAAUCUGGAAUAAUUAAGCUCUGCUUCAGACACAAUAUCAUCAUCUUGCUUUGAAAAUGAGCUCUUCUGUUGCAUUCUGACAAGCCUUGUUUUCCCUUCUCCUGUAGUAAAUGUGGGUAGAAGCUGUUGGUUCACACCGAGCCAGAGUUUGUUUAUCUUUGCAAGAAUUUUAGUGGAAACCCCAGUGCAACAUGUAGUCAUUUAUCCAUUUUGGGUAGAUGGAAAGCAAGCAAUCAUGUUCAGGCUUCUCCUCAUAAACUGUACCCGGAUAUAAUAAAUUGUGUUUAAAUUCAAGGGAGUGGAUGUGGGAUAGGAUGUGGCACCAAAAUCAUUGGGGAUCAUUUCACUUUCAUUUGAGCUGGGUGGGAUCAAUCCUGCAAGGUGCUGGGCCCCUCUCAGUUCUUACCGUAAUCCAUAGAAGCUUGAGUAUACGUUCUAUUGGUCACUAUCAUAGCCCGUGUACUUUUUCCCAUCAAAUUAUUGUGAUACACUAGGGAUGUGAAAGAAUAAACGUGUACACGGUUAAUAUGAGCAUGUGCUCAUUGGUUAACAUGCAUAGUUACAUGAAGACUGCCCUCCCCUUCCCUGGCUUCCUCUGUAUCAAAGGAAGCAGUGUGGGGAGAAGGGCAGGCAGGAGCCACUUCCCCUUGCAUGUAAGCGUGUAAUCGCUGAAAUUUUCAGUGGUCACACACUUACCUAAAUAAAUGCAUUUUAACAAUUAUAGGUCUCACAUGGUACCACUUGCUUUGGUGACCCACCUAACUCUUGGGUAAAUAACUUUUUCAUAAUACAUACAUAAAUCCUAAAAGAUGUGGUAAGUGGUGACUGUGUGUCCCAUUUAUACCUUAGUAUCACUCCUAACAAGGCAUUUCACUGGACUUUUCAGAUCAGGUCACCAUUAAAUCACCUAACACAUUUGUGAUGGAUGUUUAACACAUGUCAAGUCCCUUACUUGAGAGCUUUAUAACUAGAAUAGAUAAAAUCAGCCCCAAAUACACUGGCAGGAUCCAUCCUGCAGUGACAAUGGCAAGGAUCAGAUUAUUUGAUAUAGUAGGUUGCUUCUGUUUCUAAUUUCCCUGAUCCAUUUAGUCAACAAAGGAUUUUAAGUAGCUCUGCAAUUGUCAUUCCCUUUCCUGAAUAGUUUUUUUUCUUUCCUGUUUUCUCUCUAAUGCUGGCAGCUGAAGCAGAAUUUGUCUGGAGUUUGGGGCAUUUGAUCUCAAUAGCAUGUGUCUGUACCAUCCACUUUCCAAUGUUGUCUAGAACAUGCUUUGGGAGCAAAGAAUUUUCUCGCCCAUUGUGUAGUUGAACUUGUGGAACAAAUGUAAGUUGAUCUUUAAGUCACUCACAAAAUCAUUAUGUGUCUGUGUGGUCACCUCACAUGCUAUCACCUGUGUGUUUCCUACUAGCCCACCUUUUAAUUAAUUCAUUGUGCACUCUGUGGCAUCAGAAGCUUUCUUUUAUUUUUAUACAGUCUAAACCUACUGUCUGCCCCAUUUCUAUACUCCCUUUUUUCAUGGGAUGUCGUCUUUGUGGUGCUUUCCAGUGCUGGUUAAACUUAUUGUAUCAGAAAUGAGGGAGGGGCAGAGAGCGUAUUAGGUCGUCUACUCUGUCCCUUUGGAAUCCCAGGAUUAUCCCCUUUUUUCUAAGUUUUUUUCCCCAGUCUUCCACAGCAAGACUCUUGCACAGUUGACUAGGUCCCCCCUAGUCUGAUGCAGUAGGAAGAUAGCACAAUUUUUUCUUAGUUUAGUGUAAGCCAGUUACUCUGAGUCCUGGUUAUUAGAGUCCUUAACCUCCUUAAACAGCUUUUCUCCUUGCUGUUUUUAUCAUCUAUCUAGUUGAUGAAUUAAGUGUGAUCAUCCUGCCAAAUGAGGCUGCCAGUCACUGUUGGCCUGAGAUGUUUGCCAUUCUGUUUUAGCUCUUCAUUUUUAUUUGACCAUGAUAUUCCAUUGUCUGCCCCAGCAGCAUGACUUGGUGUGAUAGUCAAAUGAUCUUCAUAAAUCACGUCUCCUGUAUGCAAUCCUUACAUGUGAAUAGAUGUGCAGAGAACAAUCUGUUUUAGUGAUUGUUUGUUUAUUGUUUCUAUGUUGGACUGGGAAUGUAAUGCAGAACUACAUGCAUGGAAUAGUAUGUCUAAUAUAAAUUGUACUGUAAGCAGUAAAUGACUGAUGCAAUUGUUACGUUUUAAAUGCACAGAGACACGAACAGGAGUGUAUGCAAUUAUGAGUAGGAGUAAAAUAGAAGGCUUAAUUGAUAAAAA